UGAUCUCGUCCCAGUGCGGCUCCACUUCUGUCUUGUGCGUGUGGCGUGUGCCGGUGCUGACGAACAAACCGAAUCACCUGUAUUUCCAUUGCCCGGUUAUCCACCCGCCGCCACCCUUAGUCGCAGAACUCGAGAGUGCCGUGACGCAUCAUUUUAAAAGCCCCGCAGCCGCGUUGUACGUUACAUCCGACCGCAGUCGCGGAUUCAAUUCGUAAUUUUAUAUUAUACAAUCGUGUCGUUUUAAAAACAGUCCUUCUUAUUUUCAUUUAUUAUUUUUAAAACUUUUAUUUAUAAUAUCGUUUUCAAACGUCGUUUCGGUACGUGCGGAAAGUGUUGAAUAUCAAAAAUCGAGGCUUUGUAAAAUAGGGAGAGACAGACAAAGAGAGAGAGAGAGAGGGGAAAUAUACGGAGUUUGGGUAAAGUCGAGACGUCGGAAGUAACCGGAGCGUUGCGAAAAAGGGGGUUUGGGAAAAUUUUGACAUAAUGGCAGAGUCGUACUCGUCAGUUGCGACCGGCGGCAGUACGAUAAUGACAGGUACGAUAAGCGCGAUAAGUGAGAAGGCGACGCUUCGUGACGACGAUCGAGAUGGUGCCGCUGGAACAGGGCGGGGAAGGGUGAGGAACGGUCAGAAAAACUCCAAGGAGAAGCUGCGGGAGCAGCACGCCAAGGUGGAGGAGGACCUUGUCGAAGAGGAACCGAGAACGUCGUCCGGGAAGACCGACCUCUUCAUCUCCGAGACCCUGCCGCUGAUGCAGUGUGGCUCACUUUACAUCGGCGAGGAACGCCAGAAGCGGGUAACCAUGAUGGAGUCCCUUUGCCAAGUUAACAACAACAUCUACAACGGCAACGAGGGCAAGAGUAACAGCAACAGCAACAACAGGAACUUGACCACGAACAACGCGCCCGAGUGUCAAGACCCUCAGCAGCGACUCGCCGUCCUGAGUUUCGAGCAGGUUCGACGAUUGAACGACGUGAUGAACGAGGUCGUCGGCAUACACGGGAGAGGAAAUUUCCCGACUCUCGAGGUUCAGCUACGGGAUCUGGUUACCGUUGUGCGCAGCAAACUCGAGGCCGAUCCGAGCAACGGGGGCGCCGGAAUGAGGGUUAGGGACAUAAGGCUUAACGGCGGCGCGGCCUCCCACGUCCUGGCCACCGAGUCCCAGCCCUACAACGACCUGGACCUGAUAUUCGCCGUCGAGCUAUCGAGCGGGAGGAAUUACGACAAGGUCAAGGCCGCGGUGCUGAGCUCGCUGCUCGACCUUCUGCCGGAGGGUGUGAGCCGAAAACGCAUAACUACGUGCAGCCUGAAGGAGGCCUACGUGAGCAAGAUGGUGAAGGUGAACAACGACGGUGACAGGUGGUCGCUGAUAUCGCUGGGGAAUUCCCGGGGUCACAGAAACGUCGAGUUGAAAUUCGUCGACACCAUGAGGCGGCAGUUCGAGUUCUCCGUAGACUCGUUUCAGAUCGUCUUGGACUCGCUGCUGUUGUUCUACGAGUGCAGCGAACUGCCGAUCGGGGAAAACUUUUAUCCGACCGUCGUAGGCGAGUCGGUUUACGGUGAUUUUCAGGAGGCCCUUUACCACCUUCACAAGAAACUCAUAUCGACGAGGCAUCCGGAGGAGAUAAGGGGCGGUGGUCUUCUCAAGUACUGCAACCUGCUUGUCAGACUGUACCGGGCCUCGCAGCCGGACUACAUAAAGACCCUCGAGCGAUACAUGUGCUCGAGAUUCUUCAUAGACUUUCCGGACAUUGCCCAGCAGAGGAUGAAGCUCGAGAAUUACCUUUGGAAUCACUUCGUCGGACCUCAGGAAGAGGGUCUCAAGUACGAGUACCUUAUGCUGCUUUACAACGUCGUCGAGGAGUCGACCGUAUGUCUUAUGGGACACGAACGGCGGCAGACGUUGGCGCUUAUUAAAAAUCUCGCGUGUCAGGUAUUCUGCGAGGAGCAGCAACGGCUUAUCAAUCAGCAUCAACCACCACCCCCACCCGGACCGCCGGCCACCUUCGUUUACGCCGCGAACGGAUAUUACUACACCCCCGUUAUACCGGCCUGCUACACCUGCUCCUGCAACUCCUGGAUGGCGUGCUCCUCGUGAUGCGACAUCGCCGACGGAGGGCCUCGAAACGACGAUCGGAUCGCGUCGACGACUGCUUAUUAUCAUUAUUAUUAUACCGCCGACGCCGCUGCCUCGUCCACGCUGAAAUUUCCAGUUGCAGCAGCAGCAGCAACGACGACGACGACGACGACAGCAGCAAAAGCAACAGCAACGGCAACGGCGAGAACGUGUCAGAUUUGUCAUCGUCGUAAUCAUCCUUUGAAAAAUCCAAACUUUCUUACACCCCUUGAUAACGGUACGAUUACAGUCGACGAUUAUACUGUACAUCGUGCCGCCGCUGCGUUAUUAUAUUUUCCAGCAACGUCGCUGGUUGUGCAUCGACCCUCGUUAUUAUACCGUAAAUAUAGCAAUCGCGUCGUCGUCAACGAUAUAUAAUAAUCGUAUUCUGUGCGGUGUAUUUUUGUUCUUUUUUUUUCAUUUCGUUCCUUUCUUUAUUCCUUUCUUUUUGUUUGUUUUGUAAACUCUUUCGUUCUCUAUUUUUCACGGGUCAUUCUCCUUUUCUCUUUUUCACCACCAACACCACCAACACCACCUCCUCUUGUUUGAAACACAUUUACACAUAUGUUUGCAUAUACAUGUGGUAUGUUAUCGUAAGGACAAUAUACGUGUUAAACUGAGACUAUACAUAUAUACAUAUUAUAAACAUUAUAUAUAUAUAUAUAUAUAUAUAUCGAAGAAUAAGAAGACGAUGAGAAGAAGAUGGUAAAGAUAAUCGUAUAACGGUACAAAUUUAACAGUGUGGACGACAAAUCUAUUGUUACAAUUUUUUAUUUUAUUUAAAGAACAAUAAUAAAAGAAAAAAAACGAAAACACUUGCUCCACCUUUAUUUUUAUCUUCUUCUUCUCACCUCUCUUUCGUUUCUAAUCAAAAUCUCUUUUCUCCCGUAGUCGCUUGAUUCUCAUAUGUAUAUAUAUAUAUAUAUAUAUAUAUGUACGAUACGCGUAAAUAGAGUCGAAAAUUAUAAAUUAUAUAAAUAUAUACGAGCAUCGAUCGAUCACGCGAUGAAAACGUGCAGGGAAACGGUUCAAGUUGCCAAAAAAAUAAUUAAAAAUAAAAAAAAAAACAAAAAAAAAAGAACGUCGUAUCACGUAAGAUUGACAGAUGAAUUGAAAUUGUCGUUGAUUCGCGCGAUAUGUGAUUUUUUUUAAUUUAACGUUUUGUAAGAUGUUGAAAAGAUUGAUCAGGGCAGAGGAGGGGGGUAUCCGGGUUGAAAAGUGAUCGUGAAAUAUAUUAAUGUAACGUAGGUACGGUAAUACGGUAUUAUAUUGUGUAAUCACUCGUUGUUUGAACAUAAGAGGUAAAACAAAAGGGAAAAAAAAAUUCUGAAGGCACCGUUUGCGGCACAUACAUAUGGUAAAUUUAAUAAUGAAGAGAGAGGGAUAGAGAGACAGAGUGACAGAGAGUGAGAGGGAGAGUGAGUAUGCAGGUACAGAUAAUAAUUUUCCACGAUCUUUUGACUUCGUUUUCAUUUUAAAUCCGAAAAAAAUACAUGAAAUGAAUAAUUACACUUAUGGAUAAACAUUUAUAUAUAUAUAUAUAUAAAUAUAUAUAUAUAUGUAUGUAUAUAUAUAUAUAUAUAUGUACAUGUAUAUACACAUAAUAUGAGUAAAGCAUAUAGUAUACGUAUAUACGUUUGAAAAACAUGGAGAAUAAACGCGAACAAAGCAAACGUCAAAGAAGAUUUAAAGAAAGAGAAUUGAAAAUUGAACGUUAAGGAGAAAAAAAAAAAACUUACGCAAACAAUAUUAAUAUGGAUAACGAUAACAAGUCACGAAUGAAUAAUAAAUCUAAUAAUAUCCUAAUAUUAAUAUCGUUGAGAACUCUUUAAAAGACAGUGUGCUGUGCCUAUAAAAACUGAACGUAUAUCAUAAAUAAUUUCAGUGUUGUCAACCAUAUAUCUAUACAUACAUACAUAUAUAUUAUAUAUGUAUGUGUCUCUCUGUAUGCAUGUGUAAUAUGUGUAUAUAUAUAUAUAUAUAUAUGCAUAUGUGUAUUAUAGAUAUAUGUAUAUAAGUAGGAGAAUUACUAGUGCAGGUCCCUUAAUAUACAUAUAUAUAUAUAUAUAUUAUACCUGUACAAAUAUAUUACAUUUUAUGUAUAACGAUACGGAGUAAAUUGUUUUUUUCUUUAUUUCGAAUUUUCUUUCACCACGUGUAUUAUAUAUGUAUAUUCAUUACACACACAGACACAGAGGAGAGAGAGAGAGAGAGAGAGAGAGAGAGAGAGAGAGAGAGAGAGAGAGAGAGAGAGAGAAAGAGACAGACAGAGAAGACACACACGUUUGACUCACAGCUCGAAGACGUUGCACAGGCGCGAUUAAAAAAAGGGGGGGUAAAGGAUAUACGAAAAUGACAAAAUUGAUAUAAUUUUCCAAGUCAUUCCGAUGAAACAUGAGAUAAGAUAAGAGUACAUAGUAUAGGUAACGCGGAAAUGUAAGUAUAAAUGAAAAAAAAAAAAAAAAAAUAUUCCUUGCAUAAAAAGAUACGCGGUGAUUGAGAGUUGUUUAUUUAUUUUUUAUUUUUUUUUUCCCCUCUUAUGAUCCGCGGUGAAUUGAAAGUACAUGUUGUAUUACUAUACGUUACAUUACAAGAGAAAAAUUAAUACUAUUAUACGUAUGAAGACUGUAGCGAAGUACACUUGAUCGAAUUAAAAAAGUUGGUAAGAAAAAACGUUGCAGGUAGAUGUUCGGAUGAUUUGUUUGAAAGAGUGAAAAAAUAUAAGAGAUGUUGCGUAAUAUAAAAGUACGGUAUAAACUUUGGCCAAAAACUUUGGAAGGAAACAGUCGUGCAGUUUGAGAUAAUAUAAGAAUUAUUGGUAAAAUAACGGGAGGUGUAUUAUUGUUUUUUCUUUUUUCCGAUUUCAGUAAUUCAAAUGAUUCCCGAAUGGGACGUAAAAACGAUGUUGCUUACUUUGCAAUAUUGCAUGGGGAUGCAAAUGAUACACACACAAACACUUUCAUACUUACACAAAAUACGUAUAUAAUAUUAGAUUAUAAUAAUAAUAAUAAUAAUGAUCGUCAUGCUCGAGAGCUGGAUAGAAAAAAAGAAAUGCGGAGAAUAAAAAAAAAAAUCACAAAAGACUUGUAAAAUGGCGAACGUCGUAAAAAAAAAAUCAUACAAAAACCGAAGAAAAAGACGAAACAACUGAAAACAAAUAAACAAAUUUGAAAGAAAAAAAGUUGGAAAACAAAAAAAAAAAACAAAAAACAAAAAAAAAACUAAAUAAUAACAGCAGCAUCGAGAUUGUUGUGUAUAUUAAUGUGUGGCUGUGAACACAUUUCAUUUUAGAUUUACAUGCAUACUCUACUACUGUACGGUGUAUACCAUGAUACUGAACCUAUAAGUUACAUUAUACGUAUAACAUACAUACUUAUAUUAUUAUGAUAAUAUUGUUGUAAGUUUGAACAGAUGAAAAGUGAUUUGAUGAAGCGAAGCGAAAUUUAUCUAACAAUAAAAGUAAGAAAGAGAGAAAUAAAUAAAAAUAAAUAAACAUGAUGAAAAAAUUAUAUUGCUGAAUAAAUGAAAUUUCCAAACGAAACAAAAAAAAAAAAAACGAGAGAGAGGGGGGGGGGGAAGACGAUGACGAUAACGAUACGCAUGCAGUAUACAUGUACCAUACAUAUAUACUAUACGUAUACGGGUAUGUAUAGAUAUAGAUACGCUAAUACGGUUGUGCAACCUUUAAACACAUUCUCGACGGUUUAUAAAACACGGAACCGACGCUGCAACACAACUCUUCCAGAUGUUUGCGUAUAUAUGGUGCGUGCACGUACAUAGAGGCGAUGACGCACACCGGCAGGCAGCCUGAACUUCGUUCCGUUGCCCCGUUCAAACGAAUCAACCAUUCGUAUUCUUGAUUAUUGUUAUAAUUAUCACCGUCAUGUUUUACCUACGUAUGUAUCUACUGACUUACUUAGUUACUUACUUGCUGUGUGUGCGGGAGAAAGAGAGAGACUAUAGCAUGAAACCUGCAUUUUACGGCACUGCGCUAUUGAAUACCGUACGUAGGCAUGUAUAAUAAAGAGAUACGAAGGGAAUCUUUCAAUCUCUCGACUGAAUUUUUUUUUCUUAUCUUUUCACAAAUAAUUUAUGCAAAAACGGAUACGAACACACGGGAUGACUGGAAAAAAAAAAUGCUGUUCCAUUAUUGCGAUUGUGAGAAAAAUUUGAACAGAUACUACGAAAAAGUCGCGCGGAGACGGAAAGGUUUGUAAAGUCUCUUUGUUUUCUUUUUUUAAUUUUUUAUUUUUUUUAUUUCUCCUUCAAUCCGCCUUUACACACAACAAUCUUUACCGCUGUUCCGUUGCUGUUGCGUAACUUUCUUUUAAUUCAUAUCAGAACAUACCGUAAUUACGUUCAAUUCACACACACACGUGCGCGCGCGCUCGAUGUAUCGUAAAAACUUGCAACACAUGCAAAUCUGGGAACACAGAGGCAUGAUUUCGUUAUACGGAGCAGCAGCGAUACACGUACGUCGUACUCCGCAGCGAAGCUGUGUCUCCGUACUUACGAUUAGAGCUGUUUAGUCGGGAUUUGCUGCAGCCGGGGAUCUCGGCUCCUCGAUAUCGAGACUUACUCUGUGACCCCGUUCGUUAGUUGGUUCUAUUCGGUUCGGUUAGGUUCUCGAUUCGUUCGCUCGACAAAAACGACGACGACGACGCUCUUCCCUUCGGCCAUGCACGAGCGAAAGUGAGACCUAGUAAAAAUACUGGAAACUGGUUUCACAGGUAUUAUAACUAAGCCGAUUCCCUCGAUCGCCACAUCCGUGUGUUUAUAUAAAGCUCGUUUAUUCAGAUUCAGCGCGGUACGUAUGAUUACACAUACGUACAUACGGACAGACAUACGAACGUACGUGUGUGUGUGUAUAUAUAUACGUAUAAAAUGCGAGGUGGAUACGCGAUAGGCAUUUUCAUCCCCCAACUUACAUGAAAUUCGAAAAAUUAGUGAUUUUUUUUUUUUGUUUUUAUUUCUUCCUCUUCUACGAAUCAACUUUCCCGAUUCACUUUAACGCGAUAUCGACUGGCGGAUCGAAUUUUGAAUCGUGUCAAAAAAACAGACGCGUUUCGAAGCCUUUCUUCCCUUGUUCUCCUUCUCCACCCUCUAUCGCCCCGCGAUUGCGACGCUCCGGUUUUCAGGCUGCUUGUUCUUUUGAGACUUGUUUGCGGAUUUGAAAAUAAUACGAAGAAUGUUGUAAACUGAAAUAGUAAUGAACACGGUUUAAUCAAUGAUAUAUGUAUUAAGUGAUAGUUCGUAUCCAUCCUGUUUAUAUUUAUCCGUCUUUAAUUAGGUGAUACUACAUAUAUAUAUACAUAUAUACGACUUCGGACGAGAAAAUUACUUUAAAGUGAUUAAUUGUAAAAUUAUUAUUAGUGUAUACACAUAGAUGAACGUGUACGUAUUCACGCGUUCCAUGUGUAGCGGAGAAAAAAAGAAAAGCAAAAAUAAAAAGUCAGCAUGAACUUAUCUAAACAUCUAUCUAAUAUUUUUCGUUGGAUUUUCUCUCUUCGUUUUAUUCUAUUUAAACUACAUCGCGUCCAAUUAUCCUUACUAUUAUUAUCCUCGUAAAUUUUUGCUGUUUUUAAAAACAAAUUUUUAUUGUAAACUAUAAGUACUGACAGCCAAAAGAAUCAAAAAUUGAAAACGAUACUAACAGAACUGUUGAAGUCGUUUUUUCCCUUUAUCAAAUUUACUUUGUUCAUUUUUUUACACAUAGCAUCACUCUUAGACUGUAUCAAGUAAUUACGUGAAUUUCUGUGUAACACACACAAUCCUCGGUGUAAUAAAUAACUGCGCUACGUAUGCACGCGCAGUAUUGAAAUGUCGAUG